UCCCUUUCAACAACACAAGAAGACGCUUUAUGUUUUUAUACAAUUUUUUUCAGAUAGAAUUCGUUCUGCUGCUUUUCAUCUCCUAAGCACCCAAUUCAUCAUCCUCACCGUCCCAUCAAUUUGGAAUUCUGCCACACGACCACACUCUCACAGGUCGUUCACAAGAAUCGCGUGCCGACGCGACGUUUCGCUCUUCUUCACUUUCGACUUCGUCGGGGGGCCCACCAGUCGUGACUAUUGCUACUCGACCACUAGCGGGAGACAAAAAUGCUGCGACCUUCCAUCAAACACGAAAAGAAACUUAAAGUGCGAAAGAAAAUAUAACGAGCACUUCUAUGUGUCGAUCGGAAUCGGAUAGCUGUACUUCGACGUUCGAAGAAGUUUUACUUUAUGAAGUACAAAAAAAUGAAAAAUGCAACCUAACCAAGCAAAAUGAAUCCUUCGCGUUGCAAUCUUCCUUUGCAGUGCGCGACGAACAAUCUCUUUAGCGACAUUCGCGACUCUUGUUUCGUUCUACCUACGCAGAGGAAGGAUCUAUGAGGAAAAAAGGAAACGGGGACAGCACGCAAUCCCAACGAGCUGUGAUUUGGCUGCAGA